UCUAAUCUGUACCGACGACUGUCUCUAUUAUUAUCAUAUGUAUAUGUAACUCGUGUUAUUUAAUCAACAGUGAAAUAACAAGGAACUAAAUGUCAGUCGAAAUUAAAAAAAGAUGCGAAUAAAUUUGAUAAAUUAUCGAUUUGAUACAAUGAAGUAAUAGAUAACAAAAUAUCGAGCAGGAACACAACAUGGAGAGUAUAACAAAUUUCUCCGUCUCACUAAUAAAAGGCUUCAUAGACAGUUUACGAGGAGUGACCGUUCUUUUAUAUUUAGAUAAAGAAAUAAAUGAGAAGGCGUUAAGUCGCUCGCCUCGAAUAGAAUCUGGAAAUACACAAUCUAAAGAGAAGCAGACAAAAGUGAAACCAGAAUCCAAAGUACUUACGAGGGUGUUGCAGUCAUGCAUCCUCAACGGGUUUAUAUUUUUGCUGAGUAUACUCGUAUUUGAGUAUGCGCUGCUACCGGCAGUCAAGUACUUAGUGACGAUUGUGUUCGGCCACGAUCCCGGCGUGGCGCACAAUGUCUGGGGCUGGAUGAAGCCCUUCCUCUCCAUGACCUUCCGGAUGAUAUGGGUGCUACCGCUCUUUUUAUUGAGCAAACUAGUCAAUAGCUUAUGGUUCCAAGACAUAGCGGACUCGGCGUACCGGCACCGGCGCGGCCGGCCGCAGUUCAUGUCCAGCGUCAGCAAGAUCAUUGCUGACUCACUGUUCAGUUUGCUGGUGCAAGCUUUAUUUUUAGUACAGAGCAUGCUGGUGAGCAUGCUGCCGAUCGCGUACGUGGGCGAGGCGCUGUGCCUGGUGCACAUGUGUCUGCUGUACUCGCUGUACUCCUUCGAGUACAAGUGGUUCAACAUGGGCUGGGAGCUGCACAAGCGGCUUACCUUCAUCGAGACCAACUGGCCCUACUUCCUCGGCUUCGGCCUGCCGCUCGCCGUGCUCACGCAGAUACCGCACUCCUACAUCAUAAGCGGGUGCGUCUUCUCAAUAUUCUUCCCCGUGUUCAUUUUGAGCGGGAAUGAGGCCACGCCGGUUAUCGGAAGUGAGUAUCCUCUACGGCUGUUCUCGCCCGUGGUGGCGAUGUCCAACGGUUUAUUCCGGGUCGCACGACGCGGGGCGGCCGCCGUUAACCGGCGGUGAUGCAGCCACUCCGCCGGUGAUGCGGCUGCGCCCCCGGUGAUGCAGCCGCAGCGCCGGUGAUGAAGAGGCACCGGCGGUGAUGCAGGCGCCGAUGGUGCACCCGUUGCUACCAGCGCUCAAGGCGUGCAGUAUGUUGUCGAAAUAAUAACAAAUGGUGCGGUAUGAACAGUGUUGAGUAUGGUUCGGUCGAGUGCCGCUCGGCUAGCGGUGAUGGAUAUAUCAAAUCAUAUUUAUUUUACAGUUCGUUUUAUAUUUGCCUCUACAAUACAAAACGCUUAUUCCGCAGCUCGUCUGAACUCGUCAGAACUGGUCGCGCUGGCUGCGUAGAGGUUAAGUUACAAAUAUUGAUUAUACUUUUAUUAUACAAUUUUCAAUAUUUUUUUACUCAUUGUGUAAGUACAUACUGAUGUGUUUGUACGGUACAUCUGUACCCAAAUAUUUUUAAACGUUGACUUUAUAGAAUUGUGUUACUUAAUGUAACCGAAGUCAUUAGCUCUAUUUUUAAACGAUAAUAAUGUACCCGUGAUAUAAAAUACGUUAGGACUAAAUUUAAGCAACAGGCAAUGCCCCGUCGCCGUCGCCGUCGGAGGUACAGUGUAGCAGCUAUCGUGACUGAGGAUCGCUUGGAUAUUUAAAAAUAUGGCUAAUAACUUCCAUUUUGCAGUGUGACUGCUAUGAAAAGAUAGUAGCUAUUUGUUAAAAUAACUACUAUUUUAAAAGUAUAAGUAUUGCUUGUUGGUUAGGUCUUUUAAAUGGCUGUGUGUGUGGUGCGGACGGUUCUCGGAUCGUUGACAUAUCAAAUAUUAAUUAUUGUAAAAAAAAAAACUUGUUGCUAAAUUAAUUGCUAUAUGAUUGACUCAUUUAUGGAGUAUAAUAGACACGUGAAUAUCAAGUUUAAGAUAUUUAAUUGAACAUUUCCAAUCCGGAUCGAAGGACCAUCGGUUCGGUUCUGCAGAAUUUAUGAAACGUAGCAAAUUGAAACUAUAAUACUAUUACCAUUAAUGUCUAUAGUGAUCAGUGAAUAGCAAACCGGUGUUAGUGUUGGUCGGACGUCCGCACCGGUACGUGUAGUGGGCGGUACGUGCGUUCCUGUCGUCACACAGCGUUAGCUAUCUCGCUCAUACGCCUCUUUAUAUUAUUGCCACUCAUUAUCGCAGUCAUAUAUUUUUAAUGUCUUAAGUCACAUAUGCCUUCUGCGAUGCGUGCACAAAGUUAGUCACGAUUCGUGAGGUGCCGAGUCGAUUUUUAUGUUACUAGAGUGUUAGGUACCUACUUGUUAAAAAUGAUUCGGAUCCUGACUCGAGUUUGAGGGCUCGACAAGUACUAAGUAUGAAUACCGAUAUAAACAGUACAGUAGUUUUUAAUUGAUUUUUAAAGCUUUUAAUAAAUGAUUAGUCAUUUAAUAAUUUUCCUUUGACAGUCAAGAAAAAAAAAAAAAAAAAGAAAACGAAACGAUGCAAGUACUCUAUACGAGUUUCUAAUUAUUAGUGAUGUAUUCGAGUCAGAACUCGAGUCGGUUCGACUCGGCAUGCCACUAGCACGGUGCCUGUUUACGGAUUGCAAGCUGCUUGCUUGUACCUAAAAUUCAUCGUAUGUAAAUGUUUUUAUUUGCCUCAGUUUAUUUGUUUUUUUUUAUCUAAAUGCCAUGUUGUUUUAGUGGUACGGUUUUGCGUGUGCCUCAGCGCCUAGUACAUACGCGACUUAUCACACGCCACUAUUUUAUGCGGGUAUAUAUAGUAUAUAUAUGAUUUGUAAAUAAGUGAUAUUGAUUGUAUUUUUUUUUAAAUGGAUGAUAAUGGAAACCCCACCUGCGUUAUCGGUAUACACCGGCGGGGCACCAGUAAGAGAUGAUAGGUGAGGAUGAAGUAGGUCAGUUAGCCCAUCGUGACGAAUUCAACAAGAAUUGUUCACGAUGGUUUCCAGGGGGAACCACGUGGAGAUCGACCUAAUAAGGUAUAUUGCUAGCAAUGGGGCUGUCAAACUCCAUUGCUAACAAUCCUUUUCCCCCCUAUUGAUUGUAUUGUUAUGACAGAGUUGUACAAAUCAGCGUCAGUGCGCACUUUUAUGGGGGUACUUGUUAAUUUUAUAUAUAAUUUCUUAAUUAUUAGUUUUGGCUUUGUUGGGGUAAAUUUUUAGGUUUUAUACAAUAGAUCAGACGUAGUUAGGACAGUCGGCUAUAGAAAUCUGUUUAGUUUCGGAUAAAACAGGGUUGAUUCACGCAUAGUGCUAAAUUUCUUUAUAUAAGUUUUGAUAGAAUGAAGCGUUACGUGUGAACGUCUAAAUGUAAUUGAAAAUGGUAACAAAUUGUAGUUAUAGAUUGUUACGUUAACAUGGCGCGUCCCUCCAACUUACUCCAAUACACACGUGGUGCUCUGUUUGUGUUCAGAGGGCCUACCACGCAAUAUUUUCCGAAAUUUCGGGGACCAACGAAAUAGAAAUUUGAUGUUAAAAUUACAUAAUACAUGCCGUUUAAAAUUAUUAAAAAUAUUAAAAUAUCGUUCCUCUGGACUAUUGGGAUAGGAUUUAUGAUGAAUGAAACGUUAAGCUCCAUUUACUGGGUCGAUUUAGGUACGAACAAAAACACGAAAUUGAGCCCAAAAAUUCAGAAUUUCAUUUCAUGGUAGGCCCCCUGGUCCGGUCAGAGAUAGAUAAUUUAUUUGCAUUACUUACAGCACACAAAUAACAAUACAAACAUUCACAUAAUAUAUACAUAAAAAGAGAUAAAAGAAUGAAAAACAAAAAAAAGCAAUAUAUAUAAAAGUGAGUUAUAUAAUACAGAGGAGUGUUAUAUUUAUUUAUUUAUUCAUUAGUACAUAUAUGUGUACAUGGCGGACUUAAUGCUAAAAGCAUUCUCUCCCAGUCAACCAUAGGGAAGUGUCAGAAU